AUGUCGAACACAACCUCCUUUUUUUUCUCAUUACUCCUCUCUAAUUCUCUCGUUCCCACACUCUUUACUUCUCUCUUAUUCUAUCCCUCUCUCCCUCCCUCUCUCUCUCUCUCUCUCUCUCUCUCUCUCUCUCUCUCUCUCUCUCUCUCCUCCCCUAACUCUCUCUCUCUCUCUUUCAUUCUUUCCUCCCCUCUCUCUAUAUCUCUUUUAUCAUUCUCUCUUUCUCACUGCCUCUCUAUCUCUCUUUCUCAUCUCUCUUUCUCUUUCUUAUUGCCGAUCGCUUUCUCUUUCUCUUUUUCUCUUUCUCACUGCCUCUCUAUCUCUCUUUCUCAUUCUCUCUUUCUCUUUCUUAUUGCCGAUCGCUUUCUCUUUCUCUUUUUCUCUUUCUCAAUGCCUCUCUAUCUCUCUUUCUCAUUCUCUCUUUCUCUUUCUUAUUGCCGAUCCCUUUCUCUUUCUCUUUUUCUCUUUCUCACUGCCUCUCUAUCUCUCUUUCUCAUUCUCUCUUUCUCUUUCAUAUUGUCGAUCCCUUUCUCUUUCUCUUUUUCUUUUUCUCACUGCCUCUCUAUCUCUCUUUCUCAUUCACUCUUUCUCUUUCUUAUUGCCGAUCGCUUUCUCUUUCUCUUUUUCUCUUUCUCAAUGCCUAUCUAUCUCUCUUUCUCAUUCUCUCUUUCUCUUUCAUAUUGUCGAUCCCUUUCUCUUUCUCUUUUUCUCUUUCUCACUCCCUCUCUAUCUCUCUUUCUCUCUUUCUCGUUCUCACUGACUCUGUCUUUUCACUUUCUCUCUUUCUCUUUUUCACGGGCUCUUUUUUCUGUUUCUCUCUUUUUUCCUUCUCACUGCCUCUCUCUCUUUUUCUCUUUUUCUCACUGCCUCUCUCAUUCUCUCUUUCUUUUUAUCAUAUUCCUUUCAUUCCCUUUUUAG